GAUCAUCAAAGUCCAACUCCUGGCCUGCACAGGACACCCCAAGAGUCCCACCCUGUUGGGAUUUUCUUAAAAACAUGUGAGGUAGAGUGCAAAAAUUCCUUGUUGUAGUGUAGAAAUACCAGCUACUGUAAAAAAGAGGAACUUUUACAACUGAGGUUUAUUUUCAUGUUGUAAUUCUGUCAUUGACUAAACACCCUUACUGGGACUAAGAUGUGUGACCCUUCCAAAUGUUUGCAGGAGUGAGGCCAUCCUGUGUCAAUCUCUCAGCCUGAUUUAUGUGAAGGGCUUUUCUUCUCGAGGGCUUUGUCCCUAAAAAAACCCACAGACCUCGCUCAGGUGCAGCUUCAUCCUCACUGUUUCACCUUCUCUGGGAACUUGGCCUCUCACAUUAACUUCCAGCAUCUAUGACUGCUGUUACAGAGCCCCUAAAAUGUAUUUAAAUGUAAAUACCACACAGUGCUGAAGGCAAAGGUGAAGAUUAGGGCCAGGAGUUCUCCAUGUAAAAGCUAAGCAGAUAUCUACCUUUAUUUGUCCCUUUUUUUUCCCCUCUCUAGCUGCCUUUCUCCCUCAUUCUUCACCUAUCAUGGUGAAAGACCAAAAAUCACUUUGAGGCAUAAUCAGAAAAAUAUAUUUUAAAUCUAAAAAUGAUUUCCUGAGAGCAAGGCAUUUAAGGAGUCAUUUUUUGUCUGUAACUAUAAAUAGCACCACGGACCACUGUAAAAGUUAAACUCUUUCCUGAUAACUCCAGAGACUGACAAACAUUCCCCGGGGAUAAUUUCUGCUCAUCCUGUUGUACUAGGAAAAUGCAUUUGUGGGUGGUUGAGACCACCCUGAACCAGCCAGGCUUUGUACAUUACAAGUAUUUCAUAUCUCUGACAUUAAAUAAACAGAACAUGCUUGGCUGUAUUUUCUCCUUAGGCUUUGAAAUGUAAAGGAUCUUAUCAAGUUCUGCUGCUAUUCCCUGAUAGCCAUGCAGAUUGUGAAUAUCUUCAUGGAACAUUGCUUCUAGGGAGUCUUUUCCCCCCCCUUUCUUAAUUCUAUUAUUUUAUUACAUACUAGGUUUUUUUAAAAACCUGGGGAAUCAUUCUCUGAGCCUAAAUGGAUCCAUUUCACCAUUGUGUGCUUUUCAGUGGGUACCAGGGUGGAUUUGUCCACUCCUCUCUGCUGUCCAUGAGAAGUGGCAGCUGAAGUUGUACCUUCAUUUAUGUACAGCACCGAGAUCCUUACACAGGCUUGUGUACAUGUUUUAUCCCACAAUGUGGGGGAAAAUACAGAGAAGAGGGCUUAGAUUUUUCUGUGGUAUGCCAGUAUGAUCUGUGCUGUAAGAUUUAUAAUUGUAUGUGAGUGGAGAACUCGCUUGCUGUAUUUAAUCAUUUCCUUUUAAUGAGUUCUAUAUAAAAUGGAUGUCUCAAAGAUGUGUUGUACUUGGCCUCCAUCACUCCAGAGCUGAUGAAUGGCGUCACAUGAGAAAUACAAUUUCAUUUCAUCUUAUCUCCUCGACGGACCUGCGGUUCAGCAUGGCCCUGUGCGAUGAGGAGAAGAGGUUCCGGCAGCAGCGCAGAGACAACAUCAUGCACAGCAUCAAAUCGUUUCUAGGGGAGGAGAACAGCCAGAACCUGACCACUUCCCGUGAUGUGCCAGUGAUCGCCGUGCUGGGCUCGGGAGGGGGGUUCCGGGCCAUGGUGGGCUUUGCUGGAGUCAUGAAAGCACUUUUUGAGUCAGGAGUCCUGGACUGUGCCACGUACAUUGCUGGGCUCUCUGGAUCCACCUGGUACAUGUCAACUCUGUAUUCCCACCCGGAUUUCCCAGCCAAGGGCCCAAAGGAGAUCAACGAGGAGCUGAUGAACUCCGUGAGCCACAACCCCCUGCUGCUGCUCACCCCGCAGAAGGUCAAGCGCUACAUCGAGGCUCUGUGGAACAAGAAGAGCUCGGGGCAGCCCGUCACCUUCACAGACAUCUUUGGGAUGCUCAUAGGGGAAACACUCAUCCACGAUAGGAUGGACACCACUCUGAGCAACAUGAAAGAGAAGAUCAAUAAUGCCCAGUGUGCUCUGCCACUGUUCACCUGUCUGCACGUCAAACCAGAUGUCUCAGAGCUGAUGUUUGCAGACUGGGUGGAAUUCAGUCCAUAUGAGAUUGGAAUGGCCAAGUAUGGCACUUUCAUGUCUCCUGAUUUGUUUGGAAGCAAGUUUUUUAUGGGCACAGUGGUGAAGAAAUAUAACGAAAAUCCCUUGCAUUUCCUGAUGGGUGUCUGGGGCAGUGCAUUUUCAAUAUUAUUUAACAGAGUCCUUGGUGUCUCCAAUUCUCAGAAUAAAGGGCCCACCAUGGAAGAAGAAUUAGAAAAUAUUAGGCUAAAGCACCUUGUAAGCAACGACAGCUCAGACAGUGAAGAUGAAUCACAGCAUCCAAAAGGCACUGAGAGUGCUGAGGCAAAGCAGGAGAGCCAGGAGAGGCUGCAGGAGAGCAGCCAGGAGAGCUGGGUGCAGCGCAUGCUGAUGGCCCUGGUGGGGGACAGCGCCCUGUUCAACACGCGCGAGGGCCGCGCUGGCAAGGUGCACAACUUCAUGCUGGGGCUGAACCUCAACAGCUGCUACCCCCUGUCCCCGCUGGCAGAGCUGCUCACCCAGGAGUCCCUGGAGGAGGAGGAGCCGGCAGCAGUGGCAGAUCCUGAUGAGUUUGAGAGGAUCUAUGAGCCCCUGGAUGUGAAGAGCAAGAAGAUCCACAUCGUGGACAGUGGGCUGACCUUUAACCUGCCCUACCCGCUCAUCCUAAGGCCCCAGAGAGGUGUGGAUCUCAUCAUCUCCUUUGAUUUCUCAGCCAGGCCAAGUGAUUCCAGCCCUCCUUUCAAAGAAAUCCUGCUGGCUGAAAAAUGGGCCAAAAUGAACAAGCUUCCUUUCCCCAAGAUAGACCCCAAUGUGUUUGACCGGGAGGGCAUGAAGGAGUGCUAUGUGUUCAAACCAAAGGACACCUCCUCGGAGAAGGACUGUCCAACCAUCAUCCACUUUGUGCUGGCCAACAUCGACUUCAGGAAGUACAAAGCUCCAGGCGUUCCCAGAGAAACACAGGAAGAGAAGGAUUUUGCAGACUUUGAUAUUUUUGAUGAUCCAGAUACACCUUUCUCCACCUUCAACUUCCAGUAUCCCAACGAGGCUUUCAAGAGGCUCCAUGACCUCAUGGAGUUCAACACCCUCAAUAACAUGGAUGUGAUCAGGGAGGCGAUGAUGGAGAGCAUCGAGUACAGGAAGCAGAACCCCUCACGCUGCUCCGUGUCCCUCAGCAGUGUGGAGGCCAGGAGGUUCUUCAACAAGAGCAACCUCAACAACAACCACACGUAGAGGCUGUGCCCUCCCAGAAACUGCUCCUGCCUUUGGAACUGGAGUCAAAAGGACCUCAGUGGAGCAUCCCUGCUCCUCACAGGGCUGUGCAACGCUCCUGAACACGUCUUCUUGUGAGCGUUCACGUUCCAAUAGCAUUUUGUACUGCUUUUUUAAAAACUAAAAACAUUUCAGUAGGCUGAGGUCCUCAUUUUUAAAACUCUGGAAUUAGUUGGAGAUCAUUGGGUUCAGUGUCUUUUUGUUUUCUUAUAAAAUUGUAAACACUGGUUUCCUUUGGGGGGUAAUUGAUUUUUAAUUGAUGUAAAUUGGGCAUGGCUUGAAGGGUAUGAUGGAUUUAGAAAAAAGAAAUUGAAAUCCACUUUACUGCUGUUUGAGAACGUCUGUACCACUCAGCAAAAAACUAAACCUCUGAUAUCUUCUUUUUCUUAUUUAAUCCUCAAAAUUACAUUGCUUGAACUCUUGACCUACUGGCAACCAUGUAUUAAAUUAUUUGUCAGUUUGUGUACUUCUGAUCAGAAUGUUUCUUCAUAAAUUGACAGUGAUUUUGCAUUUGAGCAUGAUUAAAACAACACAUUUCUGCAAAGGGACAGUGGCAACGUUUACUGGGGAUUGGUAAAACGUGCCCAGGUGAGAAUGUGAAGCCUUAAGGGCUAUUUUAAAAAUACAUUCUUAGUACUUUGAAUAAUGAAAGACUGUGCAUAGACAGAGAUUAUUUUACUGCCAUCUCAACCAGUAUUGCUGUAACUCUGCAAACACACAGAAAAUGCAGCUGCACCUCUGAAAACUUUAAUUGCUAAAAUCAGUAAAUCCCUGGGAAGGGAAAUAAUUACAAUGCAUUUCUUUUAACAGCCACUGCACCAAAGAAUGAUGGAAUGCUUGGGGGUGGAAGGGACCUUAAAGUUGAUCUCAUUCCCUCCCACUAGCCCAGGUUGGUCCAAGUCUACAUGCAAAGUUCUCUGGUUAAAUAACAUUUCCUUUAUUGAUCAAUAGGUUUUAUUUCUGUUUGAGUUAGUGCAUGUUUAAAAUCAAGAGAGAAAAUAAAAGUAACUUAUCUUAGUGCUGGAUAAUUUAAACAUUUUCCAUUAAUUCUGGAAUACAGAAAGGAACUGGUACCAUUAUAUUAUUGUAAUAUUUUCUUUUAAAUGUUGUAUUUCCUUUCAGUAAUGUAAUAUUUGUAUUUUUUAUUUUAUAAUAUGUACCUACUCUGUUUCAUGGAAGAGUUUUAUCAUGCUUUAUACAGUUUAUAUUAUCAUAGUGUUACCAGAUGAUAAAAAAUAAAACUAUAUUUGGCA